AUGGGCUCCAAGAGUCCCAACGGCGAACACAUAAAUGCCAGCCUCCUAAACAACCGAGCUGCCACCUCCAGACACGCCCUCCUAGCUGAGGAGAACUUCUCGGCCAAGAACUAUCAAUCGCUUCCUAUAGUAUUUGCUCGCGCUCAGGGCGCCUCUGUCUGGGAUCCCGAGGGAAAUCAUUACCUCGACUUCCACUCUGCUUCCACCGCCCUCAAUCAUGGCCAUUGUCACCCGAAACUCGUUGCCGCGCUCGUCGAACAGGCCUCAAGGCUAACCCUUACCUCCCGCGCCUUUCACAACGACGUAUACCCUCAGUUUGCAGAGAUGGUGACCAAGGUCUUUGGCUACGAUAGAGUCCUGCCUUCGAGCACAGGUGCGGAGGCAUCUGAAACUGCAAUUAAGGUGGCGAGGAAAUGGGCUUAUAAGGUCAAGGGUGUUCCUCAGAAUGAAGCUAUUAUUCUUGGUGCGGCAGGCAAUCACCAUGGAAGGACAUUGGCCUCAAUUUCCUUAGCUUCUGAUGCUAUGUCGCGCGAAAGCUAUGGCCCACUAGUUCCUAAUAUCAGCUGUUUCGUUCCUGGAACCAACAAGCCAAUCGCCUUUAACGAUAAGGCAGUACUACGGGAAGCCUUUGAGGCAGCGGGCUUCAACCUGGCUGCUUUCGUGAUUGAACCAAUUCAAGGAGAUGCAGGCGUCAUUGUUGCCGAUGAUGAUUAUCUCCAAGAGGCAAGAGCCCUCUGUGACAGGUAUAAUAGUCUGCUAGUCUGCGACGAAAUCCAGACUGGUAUUGCGCGAACCGGAAAGCUACUUGGUCACUACUGGAGUGGGAUCAAACCUGACAUGGUGCUACUAGGUAAGACUAUCUAUGCCGCGCUGUCCUCCUGUGUGUUAAAUAUGCCUGACAUGAUAUUAUUAGGCAAGACCAUGACUGGUGGCAUGUACCCCGUCUCCUGUGUUCUAGGCAAUAACGAGGUGAUGCUCACCGUCGAGCCCGGGACCCACGGCUCAACCUACGGUGGGAACCCGCUUGGAGCGGCAGUCGCCAUGCGUGCUCUCCAAGUCGUCGAGGAGGAAAACCUUGUCGAACGCGCGGAUCGCUUUGGUCAUAUCCUCCGCAAUGGUCUGAAGGCCAUUCAAGCCCAGGUUCCGGGCCCCAUUAUCCAAACAGUGCGCGGAAGAGGGCUGCUCAACGCAUUCCUUAUUGAUCAGACUAAGACCAAUGGACAUACUGGCAUAGAACUGUGCGAGAUGAUGAAACAAAAGGGUCUAUUGCUCAAAUCCAGCCGGACAGGCGUCAUCCGCAUCGCGCCUCCCCUUGUCAUUUCCGAGGAUGAGCUCGGGCGGGCGCUCGGGAUUAUCAAGGAAUCCAUAGAGGAAUUUUCUAGCCUCCCCAGAGACACGUAG